AUGAGUUAUCAGAUGACAGUGGAUGCUAAAGAGAACACGUGGCCAGAAGAGUUUUUCCCUGAUAUAUGGCCUCCCUCUGGAAGCCAAAACGAGAAACCACGUUCCAACAAUGUGAACGUCCUUCAGAGCCAUCUAGAGUCAAGUGUGGCACGAGGCUACGUGGUGAUGCGAGUGGCCGCGAGAGGGCGGGCAGGAGGGCCUCCCCCGCCGAUGUUGGUGGCAGCGUUUGUGCUGCUGGCGUCCUCGGCUCAGUUCAGUGAGAUGUCCUCCAGUGUGAGUGGGGAUUUAGCUCCGCAGCAGGAAUCGGUCCGUCUGGCUCAGGAGAAGGCGGACGCCCUCUACACGCAACGAAACAGUUCAUUUGUUUUCUCUAAUACGUCGAGCGAAUUCCGAGUCGGGGGGGAAUGGAGGAAGGCCUUGGGUUCGGGUCUAACGCAGCGCCAAGGUCGAGAUAUAUGUUCGCAGAAAAAGUUUUCUUCAUUAAGCCAAUUUCUGCAACAUUCCAAAAUGUGCUUUAACGUGUCUGUGAGUGGUGUCUCAAGACCAGGCAGUAAACUCCAGUUAUGUUUCAAUAAGUAUCGACAAAUCCAUAAUAAUAAUCAGCUUCCUCCUACGCCAGUUAUGUAUUACUUGGGCAAAGGGAAGUAUCUGAAAAUCUUCUACCAGCGGGACUUCAUUGACGUCUGUCUCCCAGUGUUCAGGCAAUACGGUAUCUGUAAGGAGAAGAGAUACUCAACGUUUUGUGUGGAGGAUUUGACUCUCUUCCUGCACACUCGCUGGUGCCAGCGGCCCUCAGAAGAGGACAAGUACUUCGAGGUCCUCUGGGCCGUGUCCCUGAUGAGAAACGACUACGAAUGCUUUGACCACAUAUGCGAUGGCUCAUACAGGGUCAUUGUGCGUAAAGUGAACGGUAUCGUCGUCCAGUUGCUUCGACUUGACCAAGGACAUACUGGCAAAUCAUGCAGUUACCUUUACAAGAAUCAGGAACUUAAAGCUGCAAUGAAAAAUGAUAACAUGACUGCUGUCUGGACAGGGAACAUGUUCUUCCCCUGCUGUUAUUCUCUUUACCAUAUCACGUGGCUGGGACUCCCUGAAGAGAAAGGACUCAACAGGUUCUGGGAUUACCUCCCCCUGUCGUGCCGCAUCGGAGAGAUUGUCAUGGCGACGUCGGUGGCGUUCAUAGGCGUGUUCGGAGCGAUCGGAAACCUGCUGGUGGUGACGGUGAUUCUGAGAAGCGACCGCAGAAGCGAGGAGUCCAGCAUCCUCCGCACCUCGCUCGCGUUUGCGGACUUGUUUACCAGCGUCUUCGUUGUCAUCCCGGCCUUCUAUGACCAUCUGCUACCAAUCAUGGGACGCCUAGAUUUCGAUAAAUACAGUGUCACCGUAUCUAAGGAAGCGCCUGAAGCGUAUAUACGUUAUGAACACCUUAAAGCAGUAUCACACGGGUAUCACCUGUUUGAAGGCUUAGUACUUGGGGUGUGCUCUUUCGUGUCUCUUCUCACACUCUUUUUGCUGAGUGUCGAGAGAUUUAUUUUAGCAGGGCGCGUGCUUCGCUAUCAGCAUUACUUCACGGUCCCUCGGGUCAAGAUCGCCAUCUUCUUGACUUGGUCAGUGGCCGUUAUAGAUACCCUCUUUUACAUGUACGACGGAGAUGGCUCGUUCUCGGUGACGUGGUCGAGCUUACUUAAGCUGCCCAUUUCUACUUCUUUUAAGAAAAUUGGAGGAGUGUUACGAUGGACUUACUCCAUCCACAUAUUUGUGCUGUCGGUACUGUGCGUCUUGACUGUGAUAACCUCCUUGGUGUCAAUUGGCACCUUUGUGCAGGAACAAGCGAAGGUCGUCGCAGGUUGGAAGAAACGGAACAUGAGGGUUUCAGGCCCGUAUCAGAAGGAAAAUCGCCAGAUCCUCACUACAAUGUGCAUUCUCACUUUCCUCUUCAUGCUGUCGACCCUUCCCGUCGGCGCGUUCAUCGUCGUGAACCUGACGGACACCUUCUUCGUCCAGGAGGACCUUUCCCGAUACCUGGGCUGGUGGACGUUCCUCUCCGGGUGCUCAUGGAACCCCUGGGUCUACAAUAUGCGAAGUCGCCAGUUCCGGCAGGAGGUCGGCGAAGUUCUGCGGGCGAUGCUUCCCCUGUGGCUGAGGAGGAGGGUGCAGCGCCCCGAGACGGAUGAGAGGCAGAUGGAGAGGAAGAGGGCUCAGAUGAGGAUGCUGAGGAGGCUCGACCUUAUUGAUUAGAUUCUACAUCAGUUUGAAUUUGCGAUGAAUUCUACUAGUAUCACUUUAGGCUACAGUAAAUGGCGAUUCUGAAUGGUGAUGGAAUGCUUCCUAUUGGUGUCGAGCAGAAUGAAUAUCCGUAGCGUCGAAUCUACACCCUUUAUUCCAGGUUUAGAUUUUAUGCUCUUUGAGUUCAGAAUACAAAGCUCUUUUAUUACACUGGGGAUGAGUUGAAAACAAGUAAAAUGCACAAGGAUUUUAUUAGCUCAAAUUAAAAAAGGAUGCAGUGUGAAGUUCCAGUUCAAAAAUGCACCAGAUCUACUCUUAGAAAUAUGCUGUACCAGUGGCUCCAUGUAACAGAUAAUAGAGAUUAAAAAUUUCAAAAGGUA